CGGCUGAUGCAGAAUCAGUCGACAAACAACCCAGGAGCCAGCAUCUCGCUGUCCAGACUGAACCUGAAGGACUUCAGGGACAACGCAGAGCAGCAGCACAUCGCCGCCCAGCAGAAAGCUGCCCUGCAGCAUGCACACGCCCACUCGUCCGGCUUCUUCAUCACUCAGGACUCUUCGUUCGGGAACCUCAUCCUCCCCGUGCUUCCACGCCUGGAGCCCGACUCGUGACCUUUCCAGAACAAUCCUCACCCUUCGCUUUCUCUUCUCUUCUUGUCUUUUCUUUUCUUACAGUGAUUAACUGGUGAUCAGGAAAAAAAACCUUGUGGUUUGGUCUCGUCUGAAUUCAGUCCAUGAAUUUAAUUUGCACAUCACACCGUCAGGAUGUGACAUCAUGCAUGAUUUUAAAAAAAGCUGUUUGUGUGGAGUCAGAGGUUCAGCAGACACAAACUCUGGCCUACAAAUAAUUUUCAUGUGGUCGAUGUGACGUAAACAAAAAAAAACAAGAAUGUGAUUUUUUUUUUAAUUAUCAUGGGUCUUAAAACUAUGUGGUAUUUCACAGAAAAUUUUUACAAAAUCAUGAGAAUAAAAGAAAACGGAAUUUUUUAAAAAUAAAAGUAUCCAACAUUUGAAUAGAAAUGACACAAAAUACUUUUCAUAUCAAGAUCAAAAACACUGCCAGAGAAAGUGUGUGUGAGUUUAUUAACGAGUUUUUCUCAUAAACACAGAGAACAAAAUGACAGGAAACACUUUAAACUGCAACUUCACUGCAUAAACAACAAGAACAAACAUGAAAAUAAUAUCAGGCAAACGAGAGUCAGGCAAGGCGUGCUUCACACACACACACACACACACACACACACACACACUCUCCCCACAUGGAAAUCUGGGUGUAUUGUUGUGCCUCCACUUUUCAACCCAUUUACAAAGACAAAAGUUUGUAAGAUAGAAUUAAUAUUUGAUUAAAUAUUUUCAGUCUAAAACCAAAAAAAAUGUAUAUUUUUUUAAACUUAAGACUAAAGCAGCGCAUCGCAAAUUUCUGAAAAUUUUAAACGUUGCAUUUCGAUGUUAAGAUGCUCAUAAAUAUUUUUUUCGCCUAUAUUUGACUCUUUCAGUGUGGCAGUGAAAUAUUCUGCAGGUUUUGCCAAAUGAGGCGACUGUCAGCAUCUCUAAUAUGAUUUCAAACAAACAAACAAACAAACACAAACUGUAAACAAGAGGCCCUCCUGGAAAUUUAUCUUGGAACGGAUUAGCAAAGGAGAUUUAUAGGAAAAACGGCAGAGUUGUCAGGUUUUAUGUCAGUUUGUUAUCAAUGUGAGCUGAUUUUUUUUUUUUUUUUUUAUGAUUCAGGAUGUGUUUUAUCUUUGUCGGAGAAAACAAACUGGCCUCAGAUAUCGUCUGUUCUUUAUUUGGUCAACGAAAACAUCUCACAUGGCUUUCCAUGAAAAAGUGUAUAGUUUUGUUGUACAUUUGUAAGUUACUUGUAUUGUUAUUAGUGCUAUAAAACUAUUAAAUUUAGUUUUACAUGAA